UUACUUUGAAUAACGCUUUUUCGCCUGAGCGCCCCGUCAACCACGCCUCGCUUCUUUGCGUUACACCGACUAUGAAGAAGAAUGCUAAGUCCGAGGGAAAGUCACAUCCUAUGCGAGAGAUUAGGAUUCAAAAGUUAUGUUUAAAUAUUUGUGUUGGCGAAAGUGGGGAUCGAUUAACACGAGCGGCUAAAGUGUUAGAACAACUAACGGGCCAAACACCAGUUUUCAGCAAAGCCCGAUUGACAAUUAGAACUUUUUCUAUCCGCAGGAACGAGAAGAUCGCUGUACAUUGUACUGUGAGGGGAGCGAAGGCUGAAGAAAUACUUGAAAAGGGCCUUAAGGUUAAGGAGUUCGAGCUGCCCAAGUCGUGCUUUAGCAAUAUGGGGCAUUUUGGCUUUGGCCUAGCCGAACACAUCGAUCUUGGGAUAAAGUACGAUCCUUCGAUUGGGAUUUAUGGCAUGGAUUUCUAUGUUGUUCUUGGGCGUCCCGGAAUGAGAGUGGCCUACAGACGUCGACGGAGAAGCAAAAUUGGACACAAACACCAUGUCACGCAAGAGGAGGCAAUAAAAUGGUUCCAGAGCAAGUUUGAUGCUAUUUCAAUUUAUCACGAUCCAGUCACAUUUUCUCGCUAG